UGCGCUCAUUACGGUGGCGGGACCUGUUCUGCAUUAUUAGACCACGGUUUGAUGGGAUCUGGUGUUUCUGUUCCUUUAUUUCUUUACUUGUUUCUAAAGCGCAGGAUGGUUAUUCUUGCAGCGGAAACGCAUGGACUAGAGUAAAAAGGGCUUCAAAACCGCUUAAUCAUGAGGUGUCACUGGGUUGUAUUUGCCUCGCAUUUUCUUUUGCUGCCGCUUACAGUGUGGUGCGAGCCAGUCAUCUCCCCGAGCGGGCCUCACAUAGUGGUUCCCAGGAGGGGGAAGCUGGAGCUGCGUUGCUAUGACAAUGCCACAACACCUGGUGCCCCGUCCGGCUUGAGAUGGCAGUGGGAGAGGGCUCGCAGGCUGGAGGGAGAGGUGGAGGAGGGUGGAGUGGCUUAUAUCAAGGUGCCAUCAGUGCAGGCCUUCCACAUGGGUCGUUAUGUGUGCGUCAGCAACAGCACACAGGAGCACAGCUCCAUCUAUGUUUACGUGAAAGAUUCCCAGAAUGCCUUCCAGCGCACCAUGGUGAACGUCAUCCUGGUGCGAGCAGGUGAGAAUUGCACCAUCCCCUGUCUUGUGACUGACCCUGAGGUCACUCUCUUGGCUUUGGAGACCUGUGACGGACGACCUUUGCCCUUCGGUAUGAGUUACCACAGCAACCUCCAGCGAGGCGUCAUCAUCAGCAACGUGAGAAAGGAAUAUGAGGGCUGUUACGUAUGCGUGGGGCAGCUUGGUGGACUCAAAGUGACGUCUAACCAAUACACUGUGGAUGUGCGACUUGUUCCAGUGGCACUUCCAGUUAUCACACUGUCCCAGAAAGACAACGUCAUCUUGAGGAAAGGAGAGCAGUUUGAGCUUACCUGUAGCUCCACUAACGUCAACCCUGACUUCAGUCUCAAGUGGAACUUCCCUUCAACAGCGCAUCCUGAUGAAUCUCAGACCUCACACAUCCUGCCCGGUUCAUGUGGUUAUCAACGAGCCAUCUCGCUCUUAAUCACAGCUGUGAACCAAUCAGACUCAGGCACCUACCGUUGCUACGCCCACAACGAAAGAGGCACUAGUGCUGCGACGCUGCAGCUGGACAUCCACGAUCAGGGGUUCAUCACCAUUUUAGGAAGUCCAGGUCCGGUCCAGGCAGAUGUGAAAGAGGGAGAGAGCCUGAGCCUCACAGUAGAAUUAGAAGCCUAUCCUUCACCCAGCUCCCUGUCUUGGUCUUACAACGGCAAGCGGCUCCUCAACACCACAGAGCAUGUCAUCACUAUGCACCGCCGCAAAUAUAGAUACAUCAGUGAGCUGAGACUAGUGAGGGUUCUUGGCUCGGAGGGCGGGAUCUACAAGUUCUCAGCCAAUCAUGAGGAUGCAUCUGUCGAUCAUUCAUUUCAUGUGUAUGUCAACAGCAAACCUGUUAUCAUCGCCCAGGAGGGGCCUGUUGAUGGACAGGUGCGGUGCAUUGCCGCAGGUUACCCUGUCCCUAAAAUCAGCUGGUAUUUCUGUGAGCUGCCCCACACCAGGUGUUCACACCUGCCCAAUGCCACCCAAUGGGAGACUCCGGAGGUCACCAUGGUGACAGAGUCUGUUUUCGGUAGGAGUGAGGUGGAGAGUCGACUCAAUGUCAGCAAGGAGCACGCACAGUACCACACCCUGGAGUGUGUGGCAAGUACGGAGGGGGAAGAGGCCUACACACUGUUCUCCAUCAGUGAACGCAUCGUCCCCCAUAAACUCUUCACUCCUCUUCUAACUGGCAUGGUGGCUACUGGCAUCUUGCUCAGCCUCAUUCUACUGGUGCUGAUCUAUAAGUACAUGCAGAAACCAAAGUUUCAAAUCCAGUGGAAGGUCAUUGAGAGUAUCCAUGGCAACAACUACAUCUAUAUUGACCCCACCCAGCUGCCGUAUGACUCCAAAUGGGAGUUUCCGCGACAGAAACUACGCUUUGGUAAAACCCUGGGCUCUGGGGCUUUUGGAAAGGUAGUGAGGGCCACAGCGUAUGGACUGUGCUCUGCAGAUACUGUCACAACUGUCGCUGUUAAGAUGCUCAAACCCAACGCUCACUCCACGGAGAAGGAGGCGCUGAUGUCAGAGCUGAAGGUUCUCAGUUACCUUGGAAACCACGUGAACAUUGUUAACCUGCUGGGAGCUUGCACCGUCGGAGGCCCAAUUUUGGUGAUCACUGAGUACUGUUGCUAUGGCGACCUCCUCAACUUCCUGCGCCGAAAAAGAAAGACCUUCCUUAAUUCCCAAGGUAGUGAUGGUUACUAUCGCAACGUCUUGAACCAAAAUGAGCCUACAAGAGAGGUGACUGGUACAGGAUAUAUGCCCAUGCGUCCCUCUGAGAAAGAACGGUCCUCCCAGUCAGAUGACAUCGAUGAGCUGUCUCUGGACGCUGAAGAUCUCCUCAGCUUUUCCUACCAGGUUGCCAAAGGAAUGGAGUACAUUACUUCCAAGAAUUGUAUCCACAGAGAUCUUGCAGCCAGAAACAUUCUGCUGACUCACGGCAGGGUGGCAAAGAUUUGUGACUUUGGUUUGGCAAGAGACAUCACUACUGAUGCCAGUUAUGUGCUGCGGGGCAAUGCUCGUCUGCCGGUCAAGUGGAUGUCCCCCGAGAGCAUUUUCGACUGUGUCUACACCUUUGAGAGUGACGUGUGGUCCUACGGCAUCCUGCUCUGGGAAAUCUUCUCUCUGGGUAAUAGUCCAUACCCUGGGAUGCAAGUGGGCUCAGCAUUUUAUAGAAUGAUUCAGGAGGGCCACAGGAUGAGUAGGCCUGAGUUUGCUCCUAUUGAGGUGUAUGACAUGAUGCUGUCUUGCUGGAAUCAUGAUCCUUUGAAAAGGCCUUCCUUUAGGAAAUUAGUGGAGAGGACUGAACUGCUGCUGUCUGAAAAUACCAGGAACGUGUACCUGACGCUGAGCAAUGCUCCAGGUCCUCCAGAGCAGCAGAGGGCGCCAUCACGGAGGCUGAGCUCUGUCUGCAGCACGACAGCACCCACCCAGCCUUUACUGCAGAGCACAGCUGACGUCUUCCUGGACUAUGUCUGAUACACACACACACACACACACACACUUAUAUGUACAUACACAAUGCUAUGAAAUAUACAACUCCCCCUACCUCCCUGACCAUUCUCAAAACUACAAGAGCCAAAUACACUCUGUAAACUACUAACAACACAUUCACUCAAACUAAUUUUGAGUGAAAGUGCUGGCUUCUGCCUGACACACACACACACACACACGCACGCACAUAGGUACUGUGUAUAUAUAUACAACCCUUCAGAGGGCUCUAUCUAAUCUUCCCAUUGGCGUAUUGAUCUCCUUCGUGGUAGGUAUUUUAGGUGCACGUCAAUAUAAAGCAGACUCAAGCACUAACCACCCAUCAGACACAUCAGCAUCAGCAGGAGUUUUGGCUCACAUUCAGCCAUAGAUUACAUCUUAAAAUGCUUUGGGGAAAACAGAGACUACAAGUAUGAGUAAAUACCUGACCUUGGCAGAUGAUAUUGGACUGAGACAUGAAUAAGCAGAGCUGGCGCCUGCUGACACGAGAGGUCUUUGUGUCAGAUUUGUCUCCCAACAUUUUGGAAAAUACAUUUAUAUACUUUGUUCAUGGCAAUUAGGUGAGACCAUUCUCAUGUCAUGUGCUGGGGCCAGCAGGCAGUUAGCUUAGCUUAGCAUAAAGACUAGCGGAAACAGCUAGUUUGGCUUUGAUCAAUGACAACAAAAACUGCCUAGCAGCGCCUCUAGCUCACUGGUUGGUGGACUUUAUGCUAAGCUAAGCUAACAGCAUCCUGGUUGCAACUUCAUAUUUAACAAACAGAUAUGAGUGAUAUCAGUCUUCUCAUCUGUCUCUCAGCAAGAAGUAUAAGAAUAAGUGUAUAAUCACAAAAUGUUAAACUGUUCCUUUAAAAUUCUGAAUUUACUGCAAGAGGCACUAGAUGAAUAAAAAGGAGGUUGUAAGCAAGCCGACCUUAAAACUGGUUUUAACAGGCCCUUAAAAAAAUGAUAUCCUCUGAUAAGAGACCUGAAUGAGCCAUAGCGUGGUGGCAUGCAAACGAUAACUCCUGAUAAAAAAGAUAAAGCCAUAAGUUACAGGAACACCGAUUACCACCUGUGCGUUGUAGCUUUGAAUACUGUGACUUAUACAAAAAACCUGUGUGUAUUGCUGUAUGUAUUUUAGGAAUAGCAUUAGUUUAGUUUCUUUAGCAAAGCCACUGUGCCCAGGUGUUUAGGACUGAUUGUGUGCUCUUUUUACUUAAUUUCUGUCAAACAUGUAUGCAAUGUAAAUACAAUAGAGAUGUGCCUUUAGAUUCUUUUUUUUAAUAUUGAAUGCAUUUGGUUGUGACACAGUUGUUGUGGCAAGGGCAGCCAGAAGAGAGCUUGUGUACGCCAGUUUUGAGGUUCUUGCAGUUUUGAUACAGUUGGUUGACUUGUAAUAAUAAAGUACCUGUGAAGAGAACCAGCUGGAAAGCGUCCAUUUCCUUUGUCAUUUUCCUCUAUCUGUGACACAAGACUAAUUCAUGCUAGCAACUCUGUGGGCACUGUGGUGCUUUGAGCUAAAUGCUAAUAUCAGCAUGCUAAAAUGUUCACUUUUUUUUUUGCACACAGUAACAAUGCAAAUCCAAUGUUUAGGACGUAUGUUCGCCAUGUUAAUUUUACAAGCUAGCAUUUGCUAAUCUGCACCAGACACAAAGUACAGCUGAAGCUGAUGGAAAUGUCAUCAGUUUUGCAGGUUAACAUCUGUGCUAUCCAAAUACAGUGUAUAACCAUAUCGAUCUCAGUUAAUUUGAAGACAUAACUGUA